AUGAUCAAAGCCAAAAGCGACAGUCCUGAGGGAGUGGAGGAGAAAGUAAAGAGUUUGGAAACCCAAGGCGUUUCUCCGGAGGAUACCGAAACUAUAAUCGAAGCCAUUGAAGACAUAAGAGACACUCCUAAAACCCUAGCUCGUGAAACCCGAGUGGAGGACAAAGUGGAGAAUUUGGAAACUCAAACCCUAGCUUUGGAGGAAAAUGAAUCUGUAAUCAAAGCCAUAAUAGAGGCUCCAAAAACCCUAGUGGAGUUCGAAGGGGUGCCUCGAGAGGAUAAGGAAACAGUAGAGACUGAUCCUGAAUUUUUGGUGGAGCAUAAAGUGAAGCAAUGGGUAUCCGAAGGCAUGCCUCCAAACCAUAUAGAAGAUAUAAACAAGAUCCUGGAAGCAUGUAUUCAAAUAAACCAUAUCAAAGCUGACAAGCAGGAAGUCGAACAUCGUUUGUCUUUGUUGCAAGAUACGAUUAAGAUACUGAAGGCCCAUUUGGAGAAACUAAGCAUUCAAAUAAGCCAAAUGGAAGGUGAAAAGCAGCAACUCGAAUGCAGGUCAUCUUGGAUGCAAGGUGAGAUUAUGGGGCUCGUGGCUCUUUCGGAAAAAUUAUGGGGCGAAUUAGAGGCUGAGUUGGUGGCAGAAAAAUUGAAAGCCGAGUUGGAGGCUGAAGAGUUGAAAGCUGAAAGAUUGAAAUCCGAUUUGGAGGCUAAAAAGCUAAAAUCCAAGUUGGACAACUCCAAAAAGCUGGUUUCGUUGUUUGAUAGGGUUGCUAAUCUUCUGUGGAAGUAA